AUGCCUCUCUAUAAAUGGAGAGCUAAAGAUAUCUACGGGAAUGCAGUGGAUAAUCCUAAACUGGCGCUCAUAGAAGCAAUAUGCAUAUCUUACUUCACCAUAGAAUAUUUGCUGCGAUUGGCUGGAAGUCCAAAGAAAACUGAUUUCUUGAAGGGAACCAUGAAUGUGAUUGAUUCUAUGGCUAUAGCACCGUAUUAUCUCACACUGUUUUUUAUGCCUCAGCCUGAAAUGGGCCCAAUAGAUAUGACUGGAGGGACUACAAAUGCUCCCUAUGAUCCUAAAGAUGACGAAGGAGGGUUUGGAGAUGUUGGUAGAAUUAUGCAGGUGUUCCGUAUUGCAAGAAUUAUGAGGAUCUUUAAACUUGCACGAAGGUCUGUUGGUCUACAAUCUAUUGCCCAUACAGUGAAGACGAGUUGGAAGGAUUUGGGCCUACUGUUUCUAUUGGUUGGAAUGGGAAUGCUGGUGUUUGGAAGCCUAGAAUACUAUAUAGAGAAUGAAGAAGAUGAUACAGGGUUCACCUCUAUUCCUCAGGGAAUGUGGUGGGCCGUGCAGACGUUAACAUCUCUGGGAUAUGGGGACUUUGCUCCAACUACAUUUCUUGGAAAGUGUAUUGGUUCCUGCUGUGGAGUGUGUGGCGUCCUUGUCAUGGCUCUCCCGAUCCCCAUCGUCGUCGACAACUUCGCCGACUACUACUCGGAGCAAAAGAAGCUGGAGGCCAAGGAUCUUAAGCGCGAAGCUCAAGCGCGCCAGGCAGAGUUUGACGCCAAGGCGAAGACAUUUGCUGAGAAUGGACUGCUCCGUACCCUGGCUAGUAAACCAGGGGCGUUCUCAAGUCCACCCAUGUCCCCGCCUGAUGGACUAUCAAGGAUUAGACUAAAUGGAACAGUCGAAAAGAAAUUUUAAAAUCACUCCAAGAAGAUUUUUUGCACACUUAAAAACUAUAUAUAUAUAAGAACCUCUUUUGAGUAUUGCAUUCCAGCAAAAUAUACGUAAUUUGUUAAAUGUAUAAAAAAAUGUUUUUUUACUCCAAAAAAAAUCUUAUUUACACAAAAUUUAUUUUCUUUAAAUGGCUAACAAAAGAUAUGCAAUUCAAGAUCAAUUAAUAAGCAACCAAUCAUAUUCUGAUACUUGUAUUGUGAAACAGAAGCUCAACAUUUGUGCAAUAUAAAAAAAACAUUGUAAAAAGUGACAAUCUUAUGAUAUUCUCAGUAUUAAAGUUUUCAUGUAAUUUCUAGUAUUAAGACUAUGAGGUUAGAUAAGCUUUGUGGAACAGAGAUUCAGGGUCGAAAAAAAUAGUUUUUAAAUUUCCGGAGUUAUAACACAAAAACUGAGAAAAACAAAGCUAGCUUUAUACAUAGAUUGUCAAAUUCAAAUUGUUUUAACAUAAUCAAUUUUGCAGUAUAUACGAUUUCUAUAAAUUUGAAAAAAUUACAUUUAAUUUGCGCAACUGGGAUAUAUUGUAAGGGGGUAAGGAUAUUUUAUAUGAGUAAAAACGUAUCCAUAAUUUUUCAGAUCGAAAUCCUGAAUUUUAGAUAGAUAAAGUCAUGUUAUAAAUUUGCCCCUAGUUUAAUCUAAAAUGCCACCUUUUUAAUCUCCACAGCGCGGGGGUUGUGCACUGGGCACCCUUGAGAAGUUAGGGGAAGACAGCACCCCCCCCCCCUAGUUGCUUCUUUUCCUGUGUUUAUCUAAGAGAUCCUGAUCCUUUCCACAUAGUCUUUCUACCAACUGCCACAAAGCAUAAUUCUGAAAAUAAAGUACAGGCCGGCACUAUGUACUGUACAGCGAGGGAGUACAGCUCAGUGUACAUAAACACCGGUUCAGUGUACAUUGCACAAUUUACAUACUUUACUAUUAAUACGCAAAUUAAACCCUAAGAUAAAAACAAAUGUAAAAACUUUUAAUUUUUAGCACAAAAUUCGCUACUAGAGGGUUAACAUAAGUUCAGAAAUUAAUAGAUUUUUGUCUAGUUCGUUGUUCCGCAAAAAAAAAUACGAUGAUUUUAACUGUAGUUUAACUCUUUCUUUGUGAUUUUUUUAGUUUGUUAUUGAUUAAACUCGGUUGAAAAUAUAGUUUAUUCUUAA